GGCGUGUGUUGUAUCGUGAAGUAGCCUUUCUUUGGGGGUUUUUUUUUGACAACGUGGAAGAGUCUUAACGUAGGAAGACAACAUCGUAUCAGAUGGACGGAAGCUUAGCGGGGACCUGCGUGCCUCCAACCUGAGAGAAGUGCCGCAGUGAGCAUAAUCUGAUAAGCGCCUGUGUCCAUCCCGCUCAGCGCAGCAUCCCGCAGGAAAAAGUAGCUUAUGUGCAAUCGUCCAAGUGCCAGUGCGGGGAUGCUGAGUUUACACCUCUCUGGACGGAACCGCUGUUUAUUUAUUUGCAUCACCCACAUCCUAGGUCGAUGAGAGUUGACAGGCGCUGACAGCUGCGCACUCGGUCCGGCCGUGAUGUGUCUUGCGGGGGAUUAGUGCGUGAGGUCCUGGCCUGUCCAGCGUAGGCGACCGGUGUGCGGAACAAACGUCGUUUUCUGGUAUCUUACGCGGAGCGGGGACCCGAUGCAGCGUGGAGGAGAGUGCUUUCGUGGGCGCACGGGCUGAACAGGCAAUGACAUCAGGCUUCACUUGCAUAGCGCUGCGCCGUAGCGACCGCAGGAAGGUGCAGCGCGGCGCGAGGGCGCACGCAUCCUCGCAGCUGGACGUUUUGUGAGGAUGUCCUGCGCCCCAGACGCGUCCAAGGCACGAGGCCGUCCAUACCCCGAGCUGGAGAACUGCGUCACUGCGCUCGAGCGUCGCGGGUAGGCAGCAAACUCUCCCACCGCCGCGGGAGGCUUGCUCAUCGACCUCCCUCCGCGAUGUCGCCGGUCAAUGUUUAACAAUUCGCCGGGGAUGGAUUCGGCGGACGAUUCAUGCAAAGAUCCGCCACUGGGAUCCACGUUUUCCUCAGCGCCCAAUUUAGACUCGGACAUCAACGCAAAUGCAUGCAGGCCUAUUUAUGAGAACGGGACCGAUCACAAUGUCAACAUACAAAACGCAGCCCUGCGCGGAGCGAGUGACCCCAGCGCGUACCCCUCCACCGACUACCGGGCGUUGGUCCGCCAGAGGUUCAUCCGGCGGAGUUUAUGGGUGUCGGACUCCGAGGAGCAGAACGUGGACGCGCAGGAGUAUGUCAACAGCAGCCCGGUGCUCAACAUUGACCUGCGGACAAUCAUCGACCGGAGUCGGACCCGAGCCCUGCAGGGAACCCGCCUGAGCCUCCAGAAGACGCCGGACGCGGAGGGCCAGGCGGGGCUGAAGGACGGCGCCGCAGAGAGCACCGAGGUCGAGGAGAGGGGGGACGCGGGCGAAGCCGAGGCCAAGGUGGAGGUGGUGCCUUUGGACGUGACGGGGAAAGCAGGGAGUGACGAGAACGAAGAGGAACCCGGCAUGAAGGCUGUGUCCACCUCACCCGGGGGGCGCUUCCUCAAGUUUGACAUAGAGCUGGGGAGAGGGUCCUUCAAGACGGUCUACAAAGGUCUGGACACGGAUACCUGGGUCGAAGUGGCCUGGUGCGAGCUUCAGGAGCGAAAGCUGUCCAAAGCAGAGAGACAGAGGUUUAAAGAGGAGGCAGAGAUGUUGAAGGCUCUCCAGCAUCCCAACAUUGUGCGAUUUUAUGACUUCUGGGAAUCACCUGUAAAAGGGAAGAAGUGUAUUGUUCUGGUGACGGAGCUGAUGACCUCAGGGACACUAAAAACGUAUCUAAAGCGCUUUAAGGUCAUGAAGCCUAAAGUUCUUAGAAGCUGGUGCCGACAGAUUCUCAAAGGCCUUCACUUCCUCCACACGAGGACUCCUCCAAUCAUCCACAGAGACCUCAAGUGUGAUAACAUCUUCAUCACUGGCCCCACGGGCUCUGUCAAAAUUGGAGACCUGGGCUUGGCGACGCUGAAGAGGGCCUCCUUCGCUAAAAGUGUCAUUGGAACUCCAGAGUUCAUGGCCCCAGAGAUGUACGAGGAGCACUACGACGAGGCUGUGGACGUCUACGCCUUCGGCAUGUGCAUGCUUGAGAUGGCCACCUCAGAGUACCCGUACUCCGAGUGUCAGAACGCCGCACAGAUCUACCGCAAAGUCACCAGUGGGGUGAAACCUGCCAGCUACAGCAAAGUCAGUGACCCAGAAAUAAAGGAAAUAAUCGGAGAAUGCAUUUGUCACAAAUGGGAAGAAAGGUACUCCAUCAAGGAUCUCCUGAAUCAUGCCUUCUUUGCAGAGGAUACAGGCGUCAGAGUGGAGCUCAAUGAAGAAGAUGAUGGGAAGAAGGCAUCUAUUGCGCUUAAGCUGUGGGUUGAGGAUGCCAAAAAGCUGAAGGGGAAAUACAAGGACACCGGAGCCAUUGAAUUUACCUUUGACUUGUUGAACGAGGUCGCAGAAGUUGUGGCCCAGGAAAUGGUGGAUUCGGGUUUUUUUCUGGAAUGUGAUGUGAAGAUAGUUGGGAAGUCCAUCCGGGAUCGCGUGGCUCUGAUCAAAUGGAGGCGAGAGCGGACCGUGUCGCCGGGAAAUACUGAGGCGGCUGUGAAGAAAACACAGCAGAACCUACUUCAAGUGCCCGGUACCGGUCUGACACAGGGAGCCCCAUUAGUUCCAUCCGAUUAUGAAGACCAGGAAGUGGAGCAGCAGACCCUCAUCUGCACUGUGCCUGCCACCGCGCCCACCACAUCUGAAAGUGGGGCGAGCGGUACCAAGCAUAUAGAUGAUCCAAGCAAUCAGCAGAAUGGCCCCUACCAGUCGCCUCCGGAGCCCAUCUCCGCACCUCAAAUGAUCUACAGUCCUCCUGCCGCGCAGGCUGACCCCCAGCUGCAUCAGGCGUCGUACCAGCAACCCACCGCACCGGCCCCUCACGAAAACUACACGCAGGGAGCCUACCAGCAAAGCGCAGGCCAGCUGCCUCCUGGGGCCUAUCGGCACCAGGGCUCCUUUCCAUCUACAGUUCCUGCCCCUGCUGCACAGCAGAGCGGACCGACGGCUCAGAGCUUCGCGGCUGCAGCCGGCGCUCUGCCGGCCCAGCUUCCCGUCCAGCCCAGCCAGGAACAGUGCCACCUCCAACCAGCUGCUGUCGUUCCCCAGGUAGAGCCUUCCUCUUUGUUAUCUGUGGACCAGCCUCCAUCUCACCUGAGUCCUCCUGACAUAUGUGCCAGUUUUGCCCAGUCAGCCUCCAGUGCCCCUCCCCCACACCUGCCCCUGCAGAUCAGCACACAGUUCCCCUCACCAUAUGCUGCUGUUCAAACAGGGGGCUUCUCCCCAGCUUCUUUGCCAUCUGCCUACAGCACCAGUGGCCCUGCUAUGUCUAGUGCCUACUGCUCCCCCUCACCUCACCGCCCCUCCCUUCCGCUCACCCCCCACGUUGCCUUGCCCUCCAUUCCUUCUCUCGGCACCCUCCAGACCCCACUUUCCACGCCUCAAAAUGUGCCCAGUGUGCCGCUCUCGAUUCCACUGCUUGCCAUGGCCGUGUCCUCCGCAGCGUCCCAGCAGCAGGCUGGCACUCUCACGUCUCAGCCCAAGCUUAGUAGCUUCCAUACCACCCAUUCCUUACCGCUCUCCCAGAUACAGCCCACCCCAUACCUCGUCCCCCACCAUGAACAGGAACUGGCUGAGCAGCCUGUGCAGGUGCAUACAACUGCUUCACAUGGGAUUGUGGGAGAUGUUCAGCCUCUGGCUCCAGUCCACCCAGUUUUACCUGCGGUUCAGACAUCAGUGUGGAGAAGCGGCGCAGAUGCAGAAGUGGCUGCAGCUGGACUAGACUCAACUGCAGCUUCCAUGGUCCCAGUCCCAGUUCCAGUCCCUGCCUCAGGCUCAGUCUUAGCUCCGGUGCAAGUUCCGGCACAAACUCCAACUCUGAUCCCGGCACUGAAUCCACCAUCACUCCCAGUAUCAGCACAAGCUGCAUCUAUGCCUCAGGUUCCAGCUUCAACCCUUGUUAAGGCCUCAACCUCAGUCCCUACACAAGUUCCGAUAGCAGUACCAGCUUCAGCCUCAGUGCUAGAUCAAGCAUCUGUCUCUGCAUCCAGUCCCACUGUUGAACUACCAACAGCCUCAUCAGUAUCCUCCAUCACAUCUUCUGUCGCUGGUAAGCCCCAGUUCUCAGUCCCAGGUUUGGUGUCGGCCCCAGCCGCUGUCACUGUGCCAGCCUCACUUCAAGCUGCAGCCCCCUCUGCACCAGCCCCUGCUGCAGCUUCAAUCCCAGCUCCAGUUCUGCAGCCUGCUGGCAUCCAGUCAACAGCCUCGGUGCCUGAGUGUGCCAGCCUAGCCUCGACUCAGCACAACCUCGACACGACAUCUGCAUCUGGCACCCUUCAACCAGAGCCCUGUGCAGAGAAUAUGCUUCAUGACAAACCAGUCCCUUUACCCAGCUAUGCUUAUGACAGCCUCAACUCUGAUGUGGCAUCUGGUAAGGAAACAAGUGAUGGCUAUGACAGCUUGGUUAGUGGAGGAAAGGGGGACGGGAAACCCAGGAAGCACCACCGCAAAUCCGCCCGCACACGCUCCCGGCAGGAGAAGACCAGCAAACCCAAGCUGAGCAUGCUCAAUGUGAGCAACACUGGCGAUAAGAUGGUGGAAUGCCAGCUGGAGACUCACAACCACAAAAUGGUGACAUUUAAAUUUGAUCUUGACGGAGAUGCUCCAGAGGAAAUUGCCACUUACAUGGUUGACAAUGGCUUUAUCCUACUGUUAGAGAAGGAGAUCUUCAUUGACCAGUUAAAGGAUAUUGUGGAUAAAGCUGAGGAUAUGCUGAAUGAGGACAUGGAGGGUGAGGGAACCUCCACCUUAAGUUGUAGUCCCCAGCAAGGCCAGCUGUCUGAAGGGCCGAUGGGAGAGAAUCAGCAGCCUGGAGCCCCUCAACCUGUCUAUCAGCAGAAUGUUCUUCAUACAGGAAAAAGGUGGUUCAUCAUUUGCCCCGUAGAAGAGACACCCACAUCCAGCCAGGAGACCCCAUCGGAAGGCACAGCUACCCAGUCGCCUGGGAGCUCGGCCAUUGGCCAGGCUGCUGACAGUGGCACUGCCAGGCCGUCCAGAGAAGAGGGAUCGUCCUCCACGAUGUCGGGUGGAAGCGGAGGCUUCUCCUAUGAUGUGUAUGGAUUCUGCAGCCCUCCCAUCAUGUCCAACAUAGACCCGCUUCUCCUGGCCACUCUGUCACCUCCUGUGUCUGCUCCACCAACCCUUCAGUCUGUAUCAUCAGUGGAGCCUGCAGGCAGUGUUGUGCAGCCCAGUGUCCAUCAGGCACAGCCGGCCAGGGCCCAAACCAUGACCCAGACGUCCCCACGCACAUCUUUCCCAGUGGAGGAGUCAGCGGCAUCGCCUCUGGCCCCCGUCUCCCCAGUACACGCUGUUCAGAUGCUGCCAGAUAUGACGUACCGCGCCGCCGUGGCUGACGAGGUGCCCUGCUGCCCUCUGGUCAUGCCCUUGUCUCUGGAUGUGAGUGGCUCGCAUGCCGGCUCCCCCCUCACCCCUCUUCCACAACAGGAGCCAGGUUCGAGCAAAGAGCCGCUCUCCGUUGCCUACGCCUCAGUAGCACGGAGCGAGCGGCCGCAACAGCCCGUGGUGCUGCACCAGCCGUUUUCCAACGUGGGAGGCACCAAGGUGGCCUCGCUGCCCCAGAGCCCGGCACCCUCGCAGCACGGUGCGGGGCCCAGCGAGUCGGACGGUGAGGGGCGACUGGGCCGCGGGGGCUUUGUGGACAGCACCAUCAAAACACUGGAUGAGAAACUGAGGAACUUGCUCUACCAGGAAUACGCUCCCAUGUACCCGUCAGGCAGCGCUGCCGAAACGCCGGGAUCUGGGACCGAGUACAUCCAGUCCCCUCCUGGUCCAGACAGCGCCACAGGAGGGUCAGGAAACAGCACGCCGGGGCCGAUGGGGGAGGGCCGAUACAGGGCGGGAGAACAGCUACCUCAAAUUCCAGAGCGAAUGGAUAGUUUGAGCACACUGAGCGACUCAGCCGUGUGUGCUUCAUUGGCAAGAAGACAUGUACCUCACUCUGCGUCCUGCUCGGGAACAAGAGGCCGAUUUAAGAUGAUCUCUGUUCCUCCGGAAGUGGCCAACAGACGAGACGUGAAAGUGAGGAGCUGGAGCAGCGCUGCCUCCCCGGCGCAUCCCACAGGGUACGUUGGGGAGCAUUUUCAGGCCGAGGCCAUGGCGGCCUCCACCACGAUCGGACGCUUCUCUGUGGUCAGCACAGAGGACGACAUCACGCAGAGGACGCGCUGCAGCCGCUACUCUGCCCCGCCGGACUUCUACCUGGACACCCCGCCCUCCAUGGCCAAGCGCGGCUCGUUGCCCCGGGCCCAGACCUCAGCCUCUGUGCCCAUGGACGUCACCGUGCACGCCCGCUUCCUGUCCUCAGACUCGGGGGCCGAGAGCAGCCCCGCAAAGCUGGCCCCUCCCACCCCGUCUCAGCGCACUCGCUCGGAGCGCAGGGGAAGUGACCUCAUGAAGAGGGCGGUGGCCUUCCUACGCCGCUCCGGGCGCAGCAGCAGCGUGCAGAGCUCGGACUCACCAGGUCGACAUGGGGGCGUGCACGGCUCGGCCUACGCCAGCAGUGACAACGACUCUGAGAUGGAGGACUCGGACAUCAAGAAAGAACUUCAGAGACUUAGGGAGAAACACCUGAGGGAGAUCUCUGAGCUGCAGGCCCAUCAGCGGGGGGAAGUGGAACUGCUGUAUCGCCGCCUUGGCAAAGUCCCUCCGCCGGGCCUGGGUCUCUCGCACGCCACGCCACAUACUGGGCGGAGGAAGAGGUCAGGCAAGCACAGGCUGAAGCCUGGCAAACUCCUCAGCCCGCUGGUCCAACAGUUCCGAAAUGUCACAAAGACGUCCAGCGACUCCAGCAGAUUCGGUGGUGCUACAGGUACGAGUGAGCCCGCGGUGAGUUUGAACGGCUCUCCGGCCAAAGGGGCGUUCCCCACUCAAGGCAGGGCGAGGUCUUCCACCAGCCACCUCCCCACGUCCGUGUCAGAGCCUGUGCAGACUCAGCCCUGUUCCCUGAAGGGCUCCUUGUCUUCUGAUAAUAUUUAUGCUGGACUUCAUGGAACUGCUGGGACACAAGCCCCAACCGGACAAGGCUGGUCUAAUUACCCUCAACCAUCUGAGAGAGUGACCUAUAAAUCCAGUAGCAAGCCAAGAGCUAGAUUUCUCAGUGGGCCUGUGUCUUUAUCUAUCUGGACAACACUAAAGCGACUGUGUCUCGGCAAAGAGCGCGGCGCCAGGUCUGCAACCGGAUCAGGGGCUUAUAAUCUACCACAGCAGCCACCCACCGGUGCCACACCUCCUCCCCAUCAGCCUGUGAUGGGGCUCGUCCAAGCUCAAGCCAAUAACAGCAACAACAAGACACGUGCAUACCCUGGAACAUGCGUGACGGCAAAUGAAAACCUACGUGAGGACCUACAACGGCUGAUGGACGACUGGGCCCAGGAAGUCCUUAUUGUCACCCACAGACCACGCACAAACUCUCUGAGCAUCAGUGGGCAGCGUCUGCAGGAUCAGGCUGUGCCUAAAACACACAGACAACUGGCCAGUUCUUCACAAGUAUUAACAUGGGGAGCCCCAGGUCCAGAGGCCAGGAGUCUGCCCUUGUCGUGGCCUGACAGCCCUGGGUCAACAAUGACGAGCAGUCCAACUACAAGGCCCCAUCCCAGCCAUCAGCUGCACUCUCCUCCCAUCAGGGCCUUCACUUCCCCUCUCUCUUCUCGUCAGUGGCCUGCGUUGCUUUUCCCUCUCCCUUCAGAGGUUUUUGCCUUUCCUGCUGUGCCCUCAGCACGGGACCUCCCUGACCCUAUUCCAGCUCUGUCGUGUAAAACACCUAAUCAUAAGGCCAGGACUCUCUAAGAUGAGUAGCAUUGUGUCUUCCAACUCUGUUACCAAAAAUAAAUUCUUCUUAGCCGUAGUCAAUCCCGUGUGCAUAUACUGUACAUAUACAAGAAGCUUGUAUGUAAUCAUAUGUACAUAAUCGUGUCCAGUCUUAAGUUUGAUGUUGUUUCAUUUGCACCGACAUACCUCAUGUCUGUUUUGCGGUACAUUAUCAUUGAGCCCAGCAUAAUGGUUGUAGUACAUUUAACAGUGUAUAAUUAGCCCAAACAGGCUUAACAGUGCAGUUUCUUCUCUUGACAUGGAUUAUGUAUGUACCACUCAUUGAAUGUACAUUUGUUGUCAUUCUGCUGCUCUGUUAUAAAUAGUUCAUGUUUGUGUUGCUCAUGUGAACCCUAUAGACAAGCUGCUGCAUAUAAGGUUUCAUUUUCGUUAGUGUAUACUGCUCAUGUCUUUGUACAGUUAACAUUAGAUGAUCCAUAGACGGGUGCUGCACCUCAUGUGCGUCUUAAUGCAACACCUUGUUAACCACCAUCAUGCUGUCACUGUGAAGACUUGACAAAUCGGUCACUAGGGCCAGUUACUUUACUUUGCUCUCUCAGUCCAAGGAUAGGUUUCAUUUUUCAUCAAUGAAAUGCUUCCAGCACAAGCGCUUGAUAUAUCUUUAAGAGAUUCAAAUGAACUUGAAUUUUAUCUUCAGGUGGAGGAAAAAAAAACACCUGUGAGAGUGCCUUGAAUUGCAGUUUCAGUUUUCUGGAAAACAAAAAGCAUUUAGAUUCAAAGCAGACACUGGAGAUUCUACAGUAUAUGUGCUUUUACCUUCAACGGUAAAUUAUUGAUGUUGGUUUGAAACAUUUACUUUGUAACUUAGCAUCCUGGCGUACUUAAACACAAUAAUCUGGUCAUGUUGCAGUUCAUAAAAUACCACUGAUUGUAAAACUGUUCAAAACUGACUUAGGUUAACUGAAAUCUUAACUGUAGGUUGUCACUUUGUCACUUAUUUUUCAUGGGCUUGCCCUGCCACCUGCACCGCAGCCUGCAUGAAUACACUGAUAUUCUGAAUGUGCACAGGUUGUGUGUGGUGACUUACACAAAGAUACUGUUCAGAAACUGACACUGGAACCACAUGACACAGAGGGCUGAAGGACUCAAUGAGUCAAAAUCAUAACCAUCCCAAACCUCUACUAAUGCAAUCUGUAGCUUUAUAUAUUGUUGCCUUUGUGGUUUUUAAGAGAUGAUGGUGUGGCUGGUUGUUGUUUGAUACUGUAAAUCCUGAUGAUAUGACAGUGGGGGAAAUGUGAAAUACUGAGAAGCUACACGUGUUACGACAAAAUUUAUACAGUUAGUAGGUUUUCUAAAUUUAAAUUCAAACGGUGACAUUGUGAAAUUAUAUCACUCAUAAACAGUAGCUAACUGAAGAUUACUUACAUGAAAGAGCAUCAAAAUAAUUUUACCAUUUCAGGUAUUUAUAUUACAAUACAGCUACAAUAACAACACUUACUCUCAAUACUUAGGUCUCGUAUAACUUAUGUUGCUUCUAAAUACGCACCUGGCCAUGGUCAUGUUUCAAUGAAAUCUAUCAAAACAAAACAGUGGCAAGAUACAGUAGCUUUAGUCGAUUAUUGCAAUUGCAUUUCACAAAAAAUGGAACCUGAUUUAGAAAAAUCAAGUGUUGUGAAGUCAAAACUCAUCAACUUUAAGAGCCACAUAAGACAAAAUUUGCACAUGUUAAGUGGCCAAUUUGAAGUUGAAUUUGAUUAGACAUUCAGCAGAAUGCCCCUUGAAGUUCUCUUCACAAAAUUUGUUGUGUAAACUGAAUAUGUGUCUCAAAAGGCAGAAAUAUGUCCAUGAUGACCUUAUUACCUGAAAACAUCUUCUAUGCAGCUGUUUUUGUUGUGCUUACACAGUAACUCCUGUCUCUUUAGUGCUCGCAAUAAAAGUUAGUUUCAUUGCCUUUGCCUGCUGUAACACAUUUCCCUGCCUCGUUUUUGUCAGAUCAGUACUCAAUCAAAAUAAAUGUACUGUACAUACUUGAAGACAGAGAUAAUAAAAUCAUUUUUGCUUGACACUGGAA